CGCCUGCCGGCUGCCCCGAGCGCCGUCACCGGCGCCGCCGCACCUCGACCUCCGCCCGCCGAGCCGCGCGUGCAUCUGUCCGUCUUCCUCGGUUGCUUCUUACGAUUUUUCUUUCUCUCUCUCUCUCUCUCUCUUUUUUUUUUUUGCACGCAACCUUUUUCUGUUCCGUUUUGUCCUUUUUAAGGCGGGGGCGGCGGCAACGUAAGCUCGGGGCGGGGAGGGGGCGGCCGGAGGAUGCGGCGCGGGGCUGCGCUCGCUACGUCCGCAGCUGCUGCCCGGCUCGGGCCUGAGCGCCGAGCAGAGUCCCAAGUGAUGGUGGUUUACGCGGAGGACGAGCAGAGCCCUGCACACCUGGUUAGCACGGUGGAGCCCGUAGCGGCACCUGCUGGCCGGUGGGUGUGAACCGAGGGAUCUCAGUGUCUCAAGCCAAGAGGAAGCAUGUCUAAGAAGAGCCGGAACAAGGGCGAGAGGCCCGAGAUGGAGGCUGACGCCGUGCAAACGGCUAACGAGGAGCUGCGGGCCAAGCUGACGAGCAUUCAGAUCGAGUUCCAGCAGGAAAAGAGCAAGGUGGGCAAACUGCGCGAGCGGCUGCAGGAGGCCAAGCUGGAGCGGGAGCAGGAACAGCGGCGGCACACGGCCUACAUCUCGGAGCUCAGGGCCAAGCUGCACGAGGAGAAGACCAAGGAGCUGCAGGCGCUGCGCGAGGUGCUCAUCCGGCAGCACGAGCAGGAGGCGGCGCGCACGGCCAAGAUCAAGGAGGGCGAGCUGCAGCGGCUGCAGGCCACGCUGAAUGUGCUGCGGGACGGCGCGGCCGACAAGGUCAAGACGGCGCUGCUGGCCGAGGCACGAGAGGAGGCGCGCAGGACCUUUGAUGGUGAGCGCCUGCGGCUGCAGCAGGAAAUCCUGGAGCUCAAGGCUGCACGCAAGCAGGCGGAGGAGGCGCUCAGCAACUGCAUGCAGGCCGACAAGACCAAGGCGGCGGACCUGCGCGCUGCCUACCAGGCACACCAGGACGAGGUGCACCGCAUCAAGCGCGAAUGCGAGCGUGACAUCCGCAGGCUGAUGGAUGAGAUCAGAGGGAAGGACCGUGUGAUUCUGGCCUUGGAGAAGGAACUGGGGGUUCAGACGGGUCAGACCCAGAAGCUGCUUCUUCAGAAGGAGGCUUUGGAUGAGCAGUUGGUUCAGGUCAAAGAGGCAGAACGGUACCACAGUAGCCCAAAGAGAGAGCUCCCGCCUGGGAUAGGGGACAUGGCAGAGCUCAUGGGCAUCCAGGAUCAACAUAUGGAUGAGCGAGACGUGCGGCGAUUCCAGCUAAAAAUUGCCGAGCUGAACUCGGUGAUACGGAAGCUGGAGGACAGAAAUACCCUACUGGCAGACGAGAGGAACGAACUGCUGAAACGUUCCCGGGAGACCGAGGUCCAGCUGAAGCCCCUUGUGGAGAAGAACAAGCGAAUGAACAAGAAGAAUGAGGAUUUGCUACAGAGCAUCCAGAGGAUGGAGGAGAAAAUCAAGAACCUCACAAGGGAAAAUGUGGAAAUGAAAGAAAAGCUGUCUGCCCAGGCGUCUCUGAAGCGACACACUUCCUUGAAUGACCUCAGCCUGACCAGGGACGAGCAGGAGAUCGAGUUCCUGCGGCUGCAGGUGCUGGAGCAGCAGCAUGUCAUCGACGACCUCUCACUGGAGAGGGAACGGCUCCUGCGCUCCAAAAGACAUCGCGGGAAAAGUCUGAAGCCCCCCAAGGUAAGCCCGCAGUGGUGCAUCUGUCCCGCUUUGUGGCCCCGCCCAGGCUGCAGCGCGGAUGGUCCAGGAGCAGGGAAAUGGACCCAGGGCCUGUGGCAGGGCAGUGCCAGGAGGGCGGCCCCCAGAGAAUGCACCAGCGCGGAAGCUGUCCUGGGUGCCGACGGUGCCAGCCCAGAUCUUGGAAACCGGCUGCUCUCAGCCCCUGGAUCUGCCCUGGAGCUGGCCGCCGGAGGCUGA